AUGGCCAACUGUCUGGCAGACGAAUCUGAUGAUGAGAUGCAUGAGAUAUACUACUACAAGUACAUGCGCGGAUCUAUGGCAAUUGCACAUGCUAGCGACGCCGCACAUCGUGAUUUGGAGCGCCAAACAGCUGCUGCUAGGAAGAGAGAAGACAACAAGAAGGACUCUCGGAUGUCACUUCAGACCGGGGGGGUGUUGUAUGCCCAAGAAGGAAGGGAGGCAGUGAAGAAUAGUGAAUUGACUAAGCUACGUGAUGCUCGUGACAAGCUGGAGAGGCUAGAAAAGAGGGCAUCUAACAAGAUUAAGAGGCAGCAAUUGGCUAAGGAUGUAGCCGCUCGGAAGGCUGUACGUGAAUACAACAAGGCGCACGGGAUUGUAGUGCCUAGGGGGCCUAGGAGGGCUGUAGAAUAG